AUGCUCAGUGGGACACCAGCCCACCAUCAUCAUGCCACUCCAGAACCCUCCGUAGCAGAGCGGCCACAUGGGCAUAAGGAGGUGGCCCAACAGGUGGCACCUAUAACCAAUGUUGCCGCCGCGCCAGGAGACAGUCCGUACGUUACAUGGGACCAACUCUACUCCGCGAUGGCUGUGAUGAGGAAUAUUAUGGGCGGGCCCUGGGAAUCGGGCACAACGUUUCCCAUACUACCGGAAGAUGGCGGCACUGUGCAGGCCUUUUUGCUGCGCAUCUGUAGUGCACAGGGACUACAAUAG